AUGGUUGUUUCCACUGAACUCAUCACUUUAUUGACGGCUCUCGACUCCUAUGUAGCUAUAGGUUGCUCGUUUGACAUAAGAGGGUGCGACUUCAAAGCCGGCGGUGCCAUCAAAGACGAGAAAGAUAAACCGCUGGAUAAAUCCUUUUCGUUAAAUCCGGGCGCAAUACUACGCCCGGAUAUGUCCCGGAUGCCGGAUUACCCGGACGGAUGUGCCGAUGGGAUCGUUCGUGACGCGGCACCCGGUUCGGCGAUUAGUUCUGUCCUCGUUGCGUCGAUCGCACCGGUCACGCCCCGGGAUGGUUAA